AUGUCUCGAAGGCAGACGCAUACUCCGUAUCCCAGUAUACGCCACCACAGCCAUACCGGCCCUAUCUCGAUCGACAAUAGCUACACAGACGACGAGGACGAAAGGCCCAGUGGAGGGUCGCACGAUCAGGAAGACGACUGGUCGGACGAAUACAGCACUGAGGAGGACGACGAAGACGAUUACGAGGAGGACGACAUAGAUCCAGAGGACUCAGCUUCAACUAAUCCCGCCGCAAGACGUCACCACCCGGACGUUCGCGCCCCUGCACGUUCUGCAUCACAGCAGCACAGGAGCGUCGCACACAGGCCGCCUUCUAAUUACGACCCUCGGCAUCCGCCGAACACAUCUACCCUGGAUUCUUCAGAGUACAACUACUACCCCCGGGGGGGCGCGUAUCCGGGUGACCCGUACUACGGUGGUGCCCCGGGUGGUCGCGGUGGUUACCAGCAGAGCCACGUAGGCGGUUAUGGUCACCCGUACGCCGGAAAUGGGCAGGUUGUGCCGUAUGGCCCUAACUAUCAAAACCCAUUCGCCCCCUCGCCCUUGAGUGGAAAUGGUGGGAAUUAUUUCAAUGGUGACCAUAGGUGGCCGCCUCCAGGUAACGAAAUGAUGCCCUUCGCCGGCGGCGCUGCCCAAAACUACUAUGGUGGCCCACCAUAUCCUCUGCCGCAUGGGAUGGCACAGUAUCAAUGGACCCCUCCCCCACCUCCACCGACUGAUAUUGGUCAACCUCGAACCCCAGCUCCGGAGCAGCCUCCUCCUCCUCCAAAGGAAGACCCCGAAAAGGAAGCCAUGAAGAAGAAAUUGGCGGAGAUUGAAGCCGAGCAAAAGAGGAAAGAGGCGGAGGCUAAGCAGAAAGAGCUCGAGGCCCAAAUUAGGAAAGAGGCAGAGAUGGCAUUCCAGCUCAGAAUGGAUCAGAUAAAGAGGGAAGAGGAGGCCCGGGCCGAGGAGAGGAAGAUUGCCUUAGAGAAGGCGAAAAAGGAGAUCGAGGAGGCUAAAAAGGCCGCGGAGAUCGCAGCACGAGAAGCCAUAGAGCAAGAAAGGAAGGCCGAGGCAGAGAGGAAGAAGAGAGAGCAGGAGGCAGUUGAACUAGCUGAACGGAAAGCACGCGACAAAUUGGAGGCCGAAAGAAAAGCCGAAGCAGAGAGGCAGAAGAAGGAGGCAGAGGCUUUGGCUCGCGCAGAAGCCGCCGCCCAGGCUAGAGUAGAGGCCGCCAUCAGGCAAGCAGAGGAGAAGAAGGAAAAGGCAGCGAAAGAAGCAGCAGAAGCAGCGGCACAGCGAGAGAAGUUUGAGAAGGAAGCUAAAGAGAAAGCUGAAUUCGAAGCUCGCAAAAAGGUCGAGGCAGAAGAGGCGGCCAAAGUCGAGGCUGCGAAGAAGGUCGCAGAAGAGGUCGCAAGACAAAAGCGAUUAGAGGAAGAAGCAAAAAUCAAGGCCGAGCUCGAUGCCCGUAAAAAGCUUGAAGACGAGAAGAAGAAAGAGGAAGAAGCCAAAGCCGCCGAGGAGGCCAAGAAAAAGGAGGAGGAUGCGCUCAAGAAGAGGCUUGUAGAAGAAGCCAAGGUAAAGGCCGAGCAGGAACAAAAGAAGAGUCUUGGUAAAGACAAGGCGCCCAUACGAUUCAAAGACGCAGUCGGGAGGAAGUUCAGCUUCCCUUAUCAUCUAUGUCAAACCUGGCAGGGUAUGGAAGAACUCAUCAAGCAAGCGUUUAUCCACGUCGAUGUCAUCGGUCCCCAUGUACAAGCUGGGCACUAUGAUCUCAUUGGACCAAACGGUGAGAUCAUUCUUCCCCAGGUGUGGGAGAAGGUGAUUGAACCAGAUUGGGCUGUCACAAUGCAUAUGUGGCCAAUGGACCAACGACCUGCUGUUCCAGGGAUGGCACGCCCUCAAGGAGGACCGCCAGGUGCAAUGCCGGGUCGGUUCCCACCACGGGGCGUUCAGCUUCCAGGCCAUCGUCCAGCCGGCGGGCCCCCUCCUCCUCCGGCGGGUCACACCGCUGGUAUGAUGGGUGGCAUGGGAAUGGGUGGCGGCAUGCCUAGACCGGGACAUCCACAAGCACAACCUCAUAUGACGCCGGGUGUGCAAGUCGUGCAGGUCAACAAGCCUCCUGGACCUAAGAAGGCGAAGCCAAAAUCGACCGGGGUGCUCGGUUGGAUAGGCGGGGGCGCUGGAAAAUCCACCAAGACUAAGAGGUCAGUAGUAACGUCUCUCGUAUUCUGCGUCACUUAAACUAACAGAUCGAUUUGUGAUAGUAGGCCCAGACAUUAAAAAAUUCUAUUCCUUGCGAUGAAUUUCAAGGCACUGAGACGAAUACUUUUCUUCAUCUCUACCCAAUGCCUAUCUUGUUGGAACACCAGUCCUCACCUCAGUCCAAUCUCUCCUAUUUCGUUUUCGAGGAGUUUUGCGUGCUGGCCUUCGAUAACUGAUUCUGCAUUAUACCCCGGCUCGAGAUGAGAUUCUCUUUCAAAGCGGCAUUUUCGCGGGCUUUUUCCUUCGAGCACUUGUUGUGGGCAAAGCAAUAAUUUAGGAUCAAAUUCCACCACUUCGAUGCGGUAGACCUGUAUAAUUUCGAUUACUGCCGGAUUUUGCAUUUACAACUAUACUAUUUUUCACGUCGGAUGAUGAUGUCUUUUUACGCCGAGAAUGAUGGGAUGUACGAGAAGGGAAGACAAGUAUAUGGAUGUUUCAAGAUGGCGAGCAUUUACUUGAGAUUUAGCUAACCAUAUUCUCGGACGGCGUCGUGAAUGAGAAAGAUUGGGCGAGACAAAGAUACAUCGGACUGAUCUAUUACAUAUCUAAAUUAGGAGUUAUCGUAGGCUAGGUAUUGAAUUGAAUUGAAUUGAGAAUUAAA